AUGUUUCUAGAAUUAUAUUAAUUUUUGUUGCUCAAUAUUUACUUGAGCAUUUUAUAAUUUAAAAGUAAAAUAAUUUUUAAAGUAAAUAAUGUCAAACACGCUCUUUCAAAGAAAUGGCAAUCCCAAUAUUUUUUAAACAAACUAAUCGAAUACUAAUUCAUGGACCCUUCCUUAGUACUUUAUAUACUAAUUUUAAGAACAUAAAGAAAACGGGAUGUCCAGGGUUCAUAUAGAGCCAAGUUUGAACAAAUCAAAAUCUAAGUGGUCGAUGACAAAAAUGUAUUGUCUACUUCUAUUAUCCUUCAGCCUUAAUAUGAUAAAAUGACUAUGGUAAUGAUUAGAUUGGAAGAUUAUUACUUGAUUCGAGCAUAAUAAAUCGAAGAUUAUCAUAUAAACACUAUUUAAAAUGCAAUUCAUUAAAAACGGUUCAAUCCAACUUUGAUUUCUAAAGUGGCUGGCAAAUCUAUUAACGUACCAAUUUUUCAAAUAUUAAAAUCUGGUUCUUCAAUAUGGGAAUCCAAUAAUUAGUCUCAAUAAUAACAAAAUAUUUUUAACACGGCAAGCUCCUCUAUGAAUGAUAAUAGACAAUAAAAUAAUUUUUUCAGUUCUAUGAACAACUAAAAUAAUUAGUAAUAAUAAUCAAAGUAAUAUGGAAACAUAUUUAGCACUGCUCCAAUAAAUAAUAACACUACAAACUCAGCCAAUAUAUUUUCUAAUUCUAGACAGAAUCAACAAUAAUUAAAUAUAUUCAACUAAAAUGUGUUCAAUAAUACCAACCCUCAAUCUGAAUAAAACAACUACUAGACAAAAGAUCAGAAUGUUCCUUGGAUGUAAUCAUAGUAAUAAUAAUAAAUAGGGAAUAUUUUUUAAUAAAACAAACCCUAAUUAUAAAUUUAAAUUCCUAAUCAAUAAUAAUCAAAUUCAAAUAAUGAUGCAAUUUAAUUUAAUAAUAACUAAACUAUUAACUCAAUAUUUUCUUAACCAUAAUAGUAAUAACAGAUGAAUAAUAACUUAUAGUCACCAUUUUUUUAAUAAUAACAAUAAACUUCAUAAUAAUAAUAAAUAUUUUAAUAAUAAUAAUCAUAAAUUUAAUAAUAAUAGCAAAUGAUUCCUAUACAAAUGCCUUCAUAACCAUUUCAACCAUUCUAAAACAUGAAUAACAUGAAUAUGUUACCUAACGAUUUAUAAAUGAUUUAAUAUUAAAAUUAAAUGAAUCCUAUUUAAUUUAUUAAACAAUCAGUAGACAUGAUAAAUACUUUUACAACCACCUUAAACAACUCUAUUUAAGAAAUGGAGAAAAUGUAUAAACUAGAGGAAGAAAAAUAUUUAGAAUAGGAAUACCUGAUCAAUUAACUUGAACAAAAAAAAAGAAUAGAAAGGUAAAAAAAGUAACAAGAAAUAAAUUUAUUGCCUAAAAAGAAAAACGAUUCUCACACUCUCUUUAGAAUGAUGCACUCAUCUAAUCAUUUAAAUAUUUCUAACAGCCAAAAAAAUUCAAGAAUUAGUACGCAAUAAUCAUAAGUUAAUUGUGGUAAUAAUGUCAGCAGAAUUUCAUCCAAACAAACCAAAACCAAAAAAGAAUAUAUUAUUGAAAUCUAUUUUGAAGAAAGUGAAAAUUUUAUAACAUUUAAUGAAGAAUUUAAGGAUAUCAAAUCCAAAAAUGAUUUUAAAGAAUAAAUUCUUCAAAAAAUUGAUUAAAUGUAGGUUUUUUAAAAUGAUAAAGCUGCUUAUUUUGCAAAAAGCGAGUUAAUUAUAGAUGAAAAUAAUAAUGAAGAUAAUCAUAAAACUUUAUCAUUUCGAAUAUUUUAAACUUACAGACCUAUAUUAACAAAAAAUGGAUAUUACACCUUACCUGAUAUUAGUCAACUAACUAUAAAUCAAUUAAAAAAUGUAGAAGAUUUCACCAUUUUUAAUGAAUAUGGCUCUUUGAGAUGGGAUUCUCCAACAAAUUUAUUAUAUCUAAAUUUGGAUAGAAUUGUUGAUAUCCAAGAUUCAAAAGUGGAAGUAUAUGAUCUAGAUCAAAUACAUGAAUACCUCAAGCCAAAAGUGAAUAAGAAACUAAAUAAAUCGUGUUUGAUUACUUUAAAGGUUCCAGUCGAAAUAAAUUAAGAGAAUUAUGAUAAGGAACAUAAAUUUCUUUCAUAAAAAUGCCAUGAAUAAAAUAUUGAAUUAGUGGAAAUAGAUCAAAUAAAAUAAUAAUUUGUUGUUAGAGUUAAUCACUUCUCCAUCUAUACAUUUGUACAUGAUGAACAUGAAGAAUAGCAAUAAUAAUAAUAAUAAUAAUAAUAAUAAUAAUCAAUUUUUAGUGAAAAUACUAAUAAUUAAUAAUCAUAGGAAUAAAUUGAUAGCAAACAGAAUCAAGAUAAAUAGAUGAAACAAAAUGAAUUUGAUGAGAAACACUAUUUGUUCUUACAACAAGUAAAUGAUAUUUGUAGCUUGACAAAGUAAUCUACAAAUUAAAAAAUAUCAAAAAUAAAUCAAACAAAAAGAUAAAAUAUAGAAUUAGUUGAAGAUUUUUAGAUUUGUGUAAGUAAUAAAGAAAUGAAUGAAAUUGACUAUCAGAUCUGUCAUUAUUUCAUGCAAGACUUCGAAAUUUAAAAGGAAAUUCCUAUUCAAAAUUAAUUUUGUAUUAAACUAUUGAAAUGUUUAUUUGCAAUAAGAAAUGAUGAUAGAUCUUAAUUAGCUCCAAAUGAAAAGAAAUUACUCGGACAGAGAUUGCAGUUUUUUAAUAUUUUAUUUGGUAACUCACUUAUACAACUAGAAGAUUAUAUAUAAUUUUUGGAAUUAUAUCCUGAAUAAUAUGAUUUUUCAGAUUUAGAGUAAUAUUAAAGGCCUAACUAAUUUUAGUAAGGAUUAAGCUUAAUUUUAUAUUUAGAAUCAAUUUAAGCCUGUAGACUCAAAGACGAAACUGAAAAAAUAAAAAAUAAAAAUUUGUUGAAUUAAACCUAAAAACAAUAAUAAAUGUUAUCAUUUUUAUCUGCUCAACCCUCAAAAGUGAUUGAUUUACCGUUUUAAGCAGAUGAUUGGAUUAGUAUGAUUUUAAAAUGGAAAGUCUAGCAGAAUGCCGUCCAAUAUUCAUAAGAAUGGUGGAUAGGGUUGCUAAAUUUAUUGGAGGAAAAUGAAAUUUAAUCUACUGAAUUAGCUUCCCUCAUGUAUUUUUUAUCUUCAAAAUAAAAUCGACCUUUAGAGAAGAUCUAUAAUUAUUUAAAUAAAAACCAUAAUUAAAUGUCAAUAUUUUUAGAAAUACUAAUUUAUAACCAGGAUAAAGCAAAUGUAAAAAUACACAAAAGAAUCAUCACAAACAAAUUAACAUUUUUGAUAGAGAACAAAGAAAAUAGCUAUUUUAUAGAGUAAAUCUUACAAUAAUUUCAAGAGUUAUUCACCGUAAGUGAAUCUGAAAAGUAUAAAGAAUAUAUAUCGAAAAUGCAAAGCACAUUGUUUUACUAAGAAAAUUUUUUAAUAAUAGAUGAGGAAAUUCGUUUGUAAAAAUUGAUUGAUCAACAAGAUUAUAUAAACUUAGGAAUUUACAUUUUAAAGUUGAAUUCUCCUAGGUUUGAGAACUAUGUUAAAUUCCUAUUUGAGUAUACAAUUCCAAUUUUAAUUAUUUUUGGAGAAAUCGAAUCAUUGACGAAUAUUACUCAGGAAUUAAAGGCAAAGUAAGGCAUUUAUCUAUUCAAAAACAGAUAUUAACAAAUUUUAGACAUGAGUGAAGUGUUUUGUGGAACUUUGAUGUACGAAAGUCGAAUCUUUGAAGACUUUAAGUCAAAAAAUGUUUUUGAAUACUAAAUGUUAUAAGUGUUAGAUGAAUAUUAUUUUACAUGA